AUGUCUCCUUCGCGGUCCAUAUUGCUGGUGGGAGAAGGGAACUUCUCAUUUUCUGCCUCUGUGAGCCAGCUAUACUCUGAAACGGAGACCAGCAUAACGGCCACUUGCCUGCAGCAUCAGGAGGAGGCACUGCGGCAUGAAGGUGCAGCUCGAAACAUUCAGAUCAUCAAGGACUCAGGUGGAUCGGUGCUGUUCGAGGUGGACUGCAGGAAACUGGGAGAAUGUGCAUCUCUGCAGGGCCGUGUGUUUGACCGUGUGGUGUUUAACUUUCCUCACUGCGGGAGAAAGAGUGGAGUUAAAAAGAACAGAGAGCUUCUCAAGGACUUCUUCCUCAGUUGUGUUCAGGUGUUGGCUGAAGAUGGGGAGGUUCAUGUUUCCUUGUGCAAUGGACAGGGUGGGACACCAGCUGACCACCCGCAGCGAGAGUGGCACAACAGCUGGCAGAUUGUUGCCAUGGCAGCAGAGGCACAUCUAAUCCUUACUGAUGUCCAUCCUUUUGAAAGUGGCAAAUACCAGAGCUACAAGUGCACUGGAUACAGGAGCCAGGAUAAGGGCUUUCAUGUGGAGAAAGCUUUGCUCUAUGUGUUCACUCGCAGCCUCCCCUACACCUCUGCUCAGAUACUUAAAGUGGAGGAGGCUGUUGAAGGGGAGAAAGUUCAGUACAACAUACCAGCCGAGCUCAGUGAUUACAUAUUCAGGGGAUUUCUCUGUUCAGGCUCUCUCCACCCUGUCAGGUUGGUUCAAGAUUUUCUUCUCGAAGGACUGGCGGAGAAGUGGUCAGUCUCCAUGACAACAGAGACCUUUCCCUUCCUCCUCACAGCCCAACAGCUACAGGCGUGCUGCCAUGAGGUUGACGGUACACACUGCUACUGGAUCCAGCUGCUCCAGAAAGACCUCAACUCUGAUGCUCAUACUUGUGCGGACAAAAUAAAAGAUCUGCUGACAUUUCUGGACGGUCAGGGAAGCACGGACACAUGUGACACUCCAUCAGCCACGUGUGUUGCCUCGGAUAAAACGGACAGGGUGAGGGGUAAAGGAGCCGAGAGCUUAAGGUCUGUAUGCUCUCUUGAUGUGGAUCCCGAGGAUGAAGGUGGUCUUUAUGUGCUGCGUCCAUCACUGCUCCCUCAGAUGGAAGAGCUCCUGAAUAAAAAAGAAGAAUUGAUUAACAAUGCAGAGAGUCGUGGGGAGAAUGACGAGAACAAUAAACGUGCUGAAGCUGAGGGGUCUUGUGGGGGCUGUAAUGGUGUUACCAGCUUGUUAUUUGGCAUCAGUGGCGUUGUGUUUAGGAAUGUGCCCGUCAGCCUCUGGGCUCUGCCUGCCUUCCACGAGCUCCUUCUCAGAGGCAUUUUCCCUUCAGAUUGUAAGCCAGUCAAAUUGCUUGGACAAAAGCUGGAAAUGCUGCUCGCUCCCUACAAGGUCUCCCUGGUCAAAGAACAGCAAGGUCUGUGUCUGACGGCACAGCCAGUGGGUGUGGUCGGAAGGGUAUUUGCAAGCGAUGCAAGUGACAAAGAUGACCACAUCAGCAUCACCAUAUCCUUAAAUUUGGACCUCCUUGCGGUGCUCCUGUUCUCACUUCCCAGCUGGCGGCUGCUGUGGUCACAUGACCCGCGCUUUUUAAAACAGUUUGCACUCCGCCCGUCCCCAGGGACACCUUUCCAGCCAUUCUCCCUGUUCUCGGAGCACAUCAGCUUUGACAUCAGCUUCUGGACAGGGCCGAUGUGGGAGGAGAGGAAGUUCCACGCUGUGGUUCGAGAGGCCAGUCACGGAACAGUGGAGCAAGUAAAGCUCAUUGACAUGUUCUCCCAUCCUGACUUGAGCCAGACCAGCUACUGCUACAGACUCACCUACCACUCACACACACAUGCUCUGUCACACACACGAGCCCUCCAGUUCCAUAAACUCCUUGAAUCCUUACUUUCCUCUCGGCUGCAGGUCACCAUCAGGUAGCUGAAUCUGAAUUUCUAGGAGGAUCGGGGAUAAGCUUAUAAUCUGCAAAACUGUGAUUGAAUGGUGUUGCUUGCUCUAGUAUGCAUUUAGAAUGUGAUUGGACCUUUGUGUAUUUGUGCAACCCAUUGUUUGACAUAGGUUUGUGCUCUAUCGGGACUCAUUGUGAAACAGUAAAAAUUCAUAUAUUGUGCACACUGUGGAGGAGCAUAAAAGCAAGUAUUUUCAAAUAAAACAACCCUGACCAGCCUCAUCUUUGGCAUAAUAGCAUCUUUAACAAGCACAGGCAGUUUACAUUUCUGCAGUGGUGGAACAAGUCCUUUACUUAAGUAACAAUACCGCAUGUAAAUAUAUUUUAUUGCUAGUGCAAACUUUAGUAUAGUUACCAGCAAAAUGUAUUUAUGUUCAUUUUUUUUUUUCAGGAUAAUUUUCAUACAAAAGUUACUAUUACAUGGAGCCAAUGUUUUGCUUGUACAGUAAAUACAGUUUGUUUUCGCAUUUUAAUGAGUUCACUUUAUCAUUCUGAUAACCUCAUAAAUGAAGUUUGAUUGAUAGAUCAUAUUUAAUACAUUGAUCCAAUAGAUAUGUAAUUAGUAGCGUAACAGUUAAAUGAGUACAGUAUUGGAGUAGUAUAAAGUAGCAUACAUUGGACAAAGUUUAUUGAAGUACAAAUCCUUCAACAUAGUGGAGGCCUAGUAAUUGAAAUAAUUGAGUAAAGGUACUCAGUUGCUUCCCACCACUGUCCCUUUAGGAGACAAAUUAGGAGGCAUCCAUAAUUUCCUAGAGCAUUUCCUAAAAACAACAAUGAUGCAUGAUACUUACAUAUUACUGAUGGGAUUGAGUUGUAGUGAGUUUGAAUGCAGUUUCCUCUUCCUAUUCUUUUAUUGAAAGAAGUGAUCUAUUUAAACCCAAGUGUAUACUCUAUAUCCAUGAAUGAAUGAUUUUUAAUUGUGAACUGUGUUUUCAUGGUCGCAUUGUCUGAGAGGUUUCAUGUUUUUU